GGAAAAUCUAACCGGAUGUGAGAGCCGAGUGUAAACGCCUGCCCUCCACUGCAACUCACAAUGGAGACGGUAACAUCGUUUCUUCGUUUAGCUUUGUUUUCUUGUUUCGUCGCUGUUUUUGUUAUUUCUUUUGGGGUAACUGCUGCGGAGGUGAGUGGAAAAGGGUUCGGGGAUCACAUCCACUGGAGGACCCUGGAUGAUGGGAAGAAGGAGGCAGAGGCCAGUGGCCUGCCCCUGAUGGUCAUCAUCCACAAGACUUGGUGUGGAGCCUGCAAAGCCUUAAAGCCAAAGUUUGCAGAGUCGAAGGAGAUCUCGGAGUUGGCUCACAACUUUGUGAUGGUCAAUCUGGAGGAUGAGGAGGAACCUAAAGAUGAUUCAUUUAGUCCAGAUGGAGGAUACAUUCCUAGAAUCCUUUUCCUUGAUCCCAGCGGAAAAGUCCACCCUGAGCUCUCCAACAAGGCUGGAAACCCCAAUUACAAGUAUUUCUACAGCAAUGCAGACCAUGUGGUGACCGUGAUGAAGGAGGCCCAGGAGAAACUGACCGGGGAUGCCUUCCGGAAGGCGCACGUGGGAGACGAGCUGUGAGGCCAGCGGGAGGGCAGGCGUGGGUGCGCUGCCUUCUGCGGCCGGGGUCCGGGGACCGCAAGACCACGGGUGAGACGGGAGGCCAACCCCAUUUCACCAGUUACCCCUCCGGCCCGGCCCGUCCCAGCACCGCACCGCCCACAGCCUGCGUGUCACUCCUCUGGUUUUCAGAUGACUCCUCGUCUGCUUUGGUGCCGCCUACCGCCUUAAAAGCAGGCCAAAUGAGUAAAUAAAAAUAAAUAAAAAAACUUCAUUAAAUCAACCGUCCAGGUCAUUGUGCGAAGAAUUAAUUCUCAUUAUUUGAAACUGCAUGAGCCUGGAGAGCUUCUGAGGCACCAGAGCACACUCCAAUCAGCAUGAGGCCAAGUGCAGUUUUUACACUGGAAAAGUAGGGUUUUGUUCAGUUGACUGUCAUUGAUUGUUGUUCUUUUGUUGGUCUUGUUCAUGGCUUCCUCACUCAGUUUAAAAUUCAUCCUUUUCCAAAAUUUUAGUGAAACCGUAUCCAAGAAGUGGAAGUUAAAACAUCUUUAGUCACCACCACCAUACUUAACAAGAGCACUGCAAGAGAAAGAGCACUGCACUAUGUCUGACUACAAGGACAUCAGGUUUAACUCUGUAAACUUGAGUAGUGUGCUUCCAUGCUCUCCUCUACACGUUUCUAUGACAGUAGCUCUUACCCUCACUGUGGCUACAUAAGAUAUGUGGCCACAGCUCAGUCAGUGGACUUUGAGGCGUUUAUACAUUACUACUUGUCACUUCCUGGGAAGUUUGCCAGUGAGAUAUUGAAUCUCAAAAUGUACAAAAAUAAAAAUCUACGAAAAAACCUUCCUUUUGUUUUGUAAGAAGAAAAAAAGUGAAAUGUGAGAGCCAGUCUGUGAUUUAUAUCUGCGUUGCAUAAACUUAACCUUUUUGAAUGUGAGGAACAGCCUUUGCGAUGAAUGGUUAUUGCCAUGCCAUGUUGUAUUUUAUAUGUGUAUUUACAUGGCCAAGUGUUCAAUAAAGUUUUCAACACUA